AUGGCGGACGUGUCCACGCGCUCCUCAGACGGCUCCACGCGGAUCACUCCUGAGAUGCUGCAGAAGACGCUCCGUGUUCAUAACUUGACGCGGGAGGAGUUCAUCCACACGUUCAACAUCCAGCCGCUGGUUUACGUCCCGGAGCUGCCGUACUGCGCCAAAGCCACGUUCGUCGCGCUGUACGUAGUGAUCUUUGUCCUCGCGCUCGCGGGGAACAGUUUGGUCAUUUAUAUCAUUUUAAAGAAGCGCGCGAUCCAAACGGCCACGGACAUUUUCAUCUGCUCCUUGGCCGUGAGCGACCUCCUCAUCACGUUCUUCUGCGUCCCCUUCACCCUGCUGCAGAACAUCUCCUCAGAGUGGUUUGGAGGUGUGCUGGUGUGUAAGACCGUCCCGUUCGUCCAGACGACCGCCAUAGUGACGGGGAUCCUCACCAUGACCUGCAUCGCCAUCGAGCGCUACCAGGGCAUCGUGUUCCCGCUGCAGAUGAGGCGCCAGUACUCGUCCAAGCGCGCCUACAGGAUGCUAGGCCUGGUGUGGAUCGUCUCAGUGAUUGUGGGGUCGCCCAUGCUCUUUGUGCAGCAGCUGGAGGUGAAGUACGACUUCCUGUACGACCACUACCACGUGUGCUGUCAGGAGAGUUGGCGCUCGCUGACGCACCGACAGGUUUACACCACAUUCAUCAUGGUGGCGCUGUUCCUGCUGCCGCUGCUCACGAUGCUGUUUCUCUACACGCGCAUCGGCGUCGAGCUCUGGAUACACAAACGCGUCGGCGACUCGUCCGUCCUCAACACCAUGAACCUCCGAGAGAUCAACAAGAUCUCAGGAAAAAAGAAGCGAGCCGUGAAGAUGAUGAUCACGAUCGUCCUUCUGUUCACCGUGUGCUGGGCGCCGUUCCACACCGUGCACAUGCUCUUUGAGUACAACGACCUGGAGAACAAAUACGACGGUGUGACUGUGAACAUGAUCGUCGCUGUGGUCCAGGCGAUCGGCUUCUUCAACAGCUUCAACAACCCCAUCGUCUACGCCUUUAUGAACGAAAACUUCAAAAAGAGCUGCGUCUCCACCCUCUCCCACUGCCUGCGCAAGCCCAGCCACCACCAGCAGGGCGGCGCCGCGGCCGUGCCCAAACUCAGCGUCCAGUUUAUCAAACCUCAGAGCAGGGAAGCCUUCAUCGAGUCGGCGAGCACGUCCAAGCAAAACUCAAACGACAACAAUCCGCUAAUGCUAUCGCAGCAGGAGAGCUCCAAGAGGAUUCUGGGAGAAAAAAUGAACACGAUACAAACGGAGCUACCGGCGAAUAGCUCGUCUUUGGUGAAAUGA